GCAGCCAAGUUAUUACCCGCAAAAGCAAACGUUUCCGUGGCUGUUCCGUUCUGGAAACCUUUGAUAUUUCUCAGUUUACAGGAAUCUGAACAAGUGGAAAUGAAAGCGGUCGUUCCCAGAAGUUAAAUUUCAGAUUUUAGCAGCGUACAUCGGCGAGGUAACCACGAUCUCUCCUAAGAUCAAGAAUUUCUUAUAUUUUCAAGUUCAAAUCGCUAAUCUUUCUCCUUAGGCACCAUGCCUUGGAAGAGAGGAAGGAGGGAGAAAGAUUCCAAAGAUUCAGACAAAACAGAACAAAGACCAUCCUUACCUAGAACACAAGGAGCUCACCCCUCUGAACAAAGGGCAGGUGCAUGUGGAACAACCGCUGAUGAAAUGCCAGAUGGCAACCUCAGGAACUUCGGACGAGCUCACAGAGGGUGGAACAGAUCAAAACCUUGGGAGAGUAAGAAUGAAGGACCGUCUAGUGGAAAAGGAGCUAAUCAAGAGAUGAUCAAAGCACAACGACCACGAAGAGUAACCCCUGUGAGAAGAGACCAAAAGCUUAGGGCACAACACUAUAUCCGUGGUAAGUUUCCUGGACAAUUUCAUUCCCUAGAGCUGAAACCACUAAAGGACAUGGAUUACACUGAAGUGGUCAGCGUCUUAAAUGAGAAUAUGGCUCAUCUCAAAUACUUUCUAAUAUCUGAAGAGGACGAGCACAACAGUGCUGAGUUCAUUAUGGAUCUCACCUGCGUAUUAGCAAAUGCUUGCAGCGCACCACCAAGUGAGAAAACAAACAAGAUUCUAUCCUCCCUUAAAGGCUCAGUCUUCUUAAGCUCCAAGAUUCCACGUUUUUUAGAUCACAUACAGGGGUCAACAACCCUUCAGGAUCAAGAAUCCCGAAAACGACUCAUUCAGUGGCUAAUCGCAGUAUUCGUGAAGUAUCUGAGACACUUGCCAAGUUCCUAUGCUGAUCUGCCCUACGAUCAGUUAAAACAAGCUUUGGAACAGUCCAACAUCGAUGGAAAAGAUGAGCUCCAAAACGAUUUGCAGGCUUUUAAGCGUGCUAGAGACGACAUAAUAAGAGCCGAGAGACAAAAGCAUGGAAAGCGCUACAUUAACAAGGCAGGGCAAAAGCCACCGAACGAUUUCAGAGACAUACCAGUUUGUCCUACCGGCAAAGAAAUCAGAACUCAAGAACGACCCUUCCUGCGGAAGAAUAUCACUAAGGGGAGGUAUGACGAUGCCGAGCACUACCUUGAUGUGCAAUUUCGACUACUCAGGGAAGAUUUCCUCGAGCCACUUAGAGAGGGUAUCCCCGAAAUUGUCCAGAAUGUACCAAAACGACAGCGCAAACAGUUAAUGAGGUAUUAUCCGGGCGCACGAAUCGUCGGCAAGACUCUAACACCCUCUGGAAUAACCUACAAAGUACAAUUUGAUACCUCCAGGUUCGAUACCAGCAAGUGGGCACGCUCAAAACGACUCAUCUUCGGCUCAUUCUUAUGUCUUUCGAAAGAUAAUUUUGAGACUAUGCUUUUCGCCACGGUAUGUAACCGAGAUCCAAAUGAGCUGAUCAUAGGGAAAAUUGACAUUUGCUUUAUAGAGGAACAAGAUGUCUUCGGGAUCGAAAACCAGAAAUGCCAAUACCAAAUGAUUGAGUCACCCGCUUACUACGAAGCUUAUCAUCAUGUUCUUAGGGGAUUGAAGGAGUUGGAUGAAGCCACUUUGCCCUUCAAGAAGUACCUCGUUGAAUGUAGUGAAGUUGUUGAUCCACCAGAGUACCUCAAACGUGAGGAUACUGAAGAACCUGUAUGUUAUGAUCUUAGUCGGGCUUUAGAUGCACCGAGAGCAGCUAACGUCUAUGCAGUGCCUGUUCUGAAGCCUGAGGCCUGGCCUUCUGUUGACCUACUUCCCCUUAACAACUCGCAACUCGAAGCCUUGAAAACAGCACUUACAACUGAAUUUUCAGUAAUUCAGGGCCCGCCGGGGACAGGGAAGACAUAUGUUGGAGCGAGAAUCGUUCGAUGUUUACUUGAGAAUCGAAAGGCCUGGCAUCCGGGAAGAACUUCACCAAUGCUCAUGGUUUGUUAUACAAAUCAUGCUUUAGAUCAGUUCCUGGAAAAGGUACUGGAAUUUCUCCCUAAAGAGAAAAUCAUUCGUGUCGGAGGAAGAUGCCAAAGUCAACAACUACUGGAAUGUAACCUGAAGUUAUUUACCCGCAAAUAUAGAAUGAAUGAAAGACGAAAUGAGAUCGAAGAAACGCGAAACGGGAAGAGUAGAGAAACGUUCCGGUUGAGGGAUUUACUCGCAAAAGCAGACACUGUGCUUUUGGGAUUUGACGACUUAGAGGAAUUGCUGAACGCAGAACAUACCGAACAACUAUAUAGUGCCAGUUUCCCCCACAGUGCUGCAAGUGAAUGUCGAACUCCAAGCAACACUUUUAAACUUUGGUUAUGCAGUAACAAGCAGAUGAACUCCUGCAACCAAAAAUCAAAGAUUGAUCACAGUCAAGGGGAAAACAGCACGGCUAUAUCAGUUUCCCAAGACAACGAGAGAGAAAAAGAUGAUAACGCACCUUAUGAAGCUAGGUUUUUGUCAACACUCGAUACCAACGAGAGAAACAGAAAUAAUCACCUCGCAAGUGAGAAAGGACCGUGGGAAGCCAUUCCCAAAGACACUCCAUCGAGUGACCCUUUUUCAGAUGCAGAUGAAUCACAAGUCCCAAAGACUUACCUCAAUGCUAAGAAAGACUUAAAGUCAGCGCAAGAAGAUUUAACUAAAACACCUCAUGACGAAACUGUACCAAAAGGUCUCUCAAGUCAACAUAAAAGCGAGUUGGCUGGAUCAGGGGCUUUUCCACUUUCUCAUAAUUUAGAGCAAAUGCCAGCCCCUGACGCACAUGAGAAAUCAGUUGAGGAAGAAAUCCCACAUAUCGAGAAUUCUCAAAUUCUGACAGAGAUAAAGAAUAAUAAUAAAGAACAUGACAAUAAAGAACAUUUUGAAGAAAUAACAGACGCGAGAGAGGAGACGAUUACAGUAGAAAAUGAGGCUGAUUUAAUUUACCAUCAAAGAUUCAUACAUGGAGAUGAAGACUUUCUUCCAGUAAUCUCGAAAAGAGCAGAUGACGAAAGAAUUCUGAGAGAAGACGUAGAAAUAAUUCGAGACCAGGAAGAGGAAUGGGAGUUAGUGAGCUACAGGAAAAAAGGAACAAUCUUUCCAUGGAAACAAAUAACAGUUAAGCACACUGAAGACAAAAUAGGAGACACUGAUUUAUCGACCACUUUGAAUGCAGACGAUACGACCCAGGCAAAGCCCUCAAAGAAAAAAAACAAGAAGAAAAAAAAGAAAAACCAAAAAAUUGUCAUCAAAGCAGACGUAAGAUCAAUAACGGAUCUGGUCAAAGUAUCUGCGAUGUCCAGCGAUGAAGCGAUUGGUGUUGAGAACAUUUGGCUGUUAUCCCCCUCAGAUCGACUUCGACUGUACCUCUUCUGGGUGGAGAGCUACCGUGAACGCUACAGCGUAGAAAUAAACAGAUGCGAACAGGAGUAUGAACAAAUUUGCCAGCAACUAGAGGCAGUCAGGUUUGAAGAAGAGGAAGAGGUGAUACGUCGAGCAACAGUUGUUGGUAUGACAACUAGCUGUGCAGCACGGUAUCACACAGUGCUGCAAAGAGUUGCCCCCAAAAUCGUUGUCAUCGAAGAGGCAGCCGAAGUAAUGGAAGCGCACAUAAUCACUUCUCUGUCACACAACACAAAGCAUACGAUUCUUAUAGGAGACCAUAAGCAACUUCGUCCAAAAGCAACAGUUUAUGAACUAGCCCAAAAAUACAAUCUGGAGAUAUCACUUUUCGAGAGAAUGGUCAUGAACAGUAUGGAUUGCAAGCGUCUGUCUAUUCAACAUCGUAUGCGUCCUGAGAUUGCAGAACUAACAAAGAGAAUCUACGAUCACGAAAUUGUUGACCACGAGUCAGUAUGUGAGUUCGAAGACAUUGCAGGUGUAGCAUGUAACCUAUUCUUUAUUGAUCAUUGUGAGUUUGAGAAACCGGAAGCUGGGCUGCAGAGUUACUCCAACCUCCACGAAGCUAGAUUUAUAGUGGCUCUCUGCCAUUACCUUCUACUUCACGGCUAUCAGCCAAGCCAAAUUACAAUUUUAACCAUGUAUACUGGUCAGUUGUUACUUCUUCAAGAAUUUAUGCCCAGAAAAACCUUUGGAGGAGUUAGGGUCUGUGUAGUAGACAACUUUCAAGGUGAGGAAAAUGACAUCAUUCUUCUGUCACUGGUGAGGAGCAACUCAGACGGUAAGAUUGGUUUCCUUGGCGACUCAAACAGAAUCUGCGUGGCACUGUCAAGAGCCCGAAAAGGAUUUUAUUGCAUUGGAAAUUUUAGCCUGUUGAAAUCCCACUGUAAGCUUUGGAAGGAGAUAUGUGAUCAUCUUCAAAAAAAGAAUGCCAUCAGUAAGUCACUGUCAAUUGUUUGUAAGGGGCACAAAAAUGAGACCAAUGUAUUUUGUGCAAGUGACUUUGACAUUUAUGGAGGUUGCAGAAUGCCCUGUGUUUACCGACUGAAAUGUGGUCAUGCCUGUGACAUACCGUGUCAUGCUUCGGACCUUCACCAUGAAAUAAGUCCAUGCAAGAAAAUUUGCCUCAUAUCAUGCCCGAACGAACACCAGUGUCAAGAAAGGUGUCAUCAUCCACGAAAAUGUUUCAAGUGCCGUAUCAUUAUGUUGAAGACAAUUCCUCGAUGUGGUCACCAGCAAAACGUCCUCUGCUAUAUUGAUGCAGAAGAGUUCUCUUGUCAAGCAAGGUGUGAGAGAAUCCUCUUGUGUGGCCAUAACUGCCAGGAAUUGUGUGGAAACAAAUGUACACGACAUUGUAUGAUUCGUUGCAUGAAAACGCUCCCUUGUGACCACGAAAAAUUGAUGCCAUGCUCUGAAGAUCCCAUUCGUUAUAGUCACUGUGAAACAAUCGUUACCAAGUCCCUUCCGUGCGGCCACCAAAAAGACCUUCCUUGCUCACAGGACCCUAAAACGGCUUUCUGCCUCGUAUCCUGUGAAAGAAGACUGGAUUGUGGACAUAGAUGUUCAUCUGUUUGCGCCCAACCCUGUCAAGAAGUUCGGUGCCAAGAGUUGUGCCUAAAGAAGUGUGAGAAGGGUCACGUUUGCCAUAAAAGGUGCCACCUCGGUAAUUCUUGUGGGAAUUGCUUUGAACUGGUCAACGAGACAAUUCCCGGGUGUGGACAUAACAUAGAGAUACCAUGUCACCUAGAUCCAGCUAGUAUUAAAUGUAAACGGCGAUGUGAAAAGCUAAGAGCCUGCGGACAUCCCUGUUUGAACACUUGCAGUGCAGAAUGUGAAAACCAGCCAUGCAAGAAAAGGGUAGAGGUUAUACUGUCCUGUGGACACAAGACGUCCUUGCUUUGCUACGUUGCCAUGGGUGGUAAAGAGAAUGUUUUGUGUAACGAGAUAGUAGAGAGAGAAUUACGCUGCAAACACAAAAAAGAGCUUCCUUGUCACAAAAAUCCCGACGAGUACGUGUGCAAAGAGAAAGUGAAAGCGGAAUUGUCGUGUGGACAUGUUAAGUCUCUUAUCUGCUACAUUGCAACCGGCAAAUUGCAAGACGUUUCCUGCAUGGUGAAGAUAGAACGAAAGUUACCCUGCGAGCACAACGCAAAGCUUCCGUGCCAUAUAAAACCUGAAGAGUAUGUUUGUGAGAAGGAAGUUGAAAUUACUCUUUCGUGUUCCCAUAAGAAACAGGUAACGUGUGCCAAAGCUAUAAAUGAAUCGCAAAACGAGUUGUGUGAUACAGUGGUUACGAGAAAACUAUCCUGUGGACACAAUAAGAAAAUGAAGUGUUCAGAUCAACCAAAAGAGGCAUUUUGUGAUGCUGCUUGUGGCCGACUUCUUCCAUGCAAACAUCCUUGUCCAGGAAAGUGUGGCGAGGACUGCUCCAGCUUCAAAUGUGCUGUCACAGUUCAAAAACCUCUACACUGCGGAUUUCAUGAAAUAAAUUGCCCAUGUGCUUACGAUGUGUCCCAAGAUGUAUGUACAGGUGAGUGCACACGGAAUCUUACUUGCGGACAUAAAUGUCCUGGGAAAUGUUCUGAAGACUGCAGUCGACACAAAUGCCAAAAGAAGAUACUCAAACCGCUCCAUUGCGCAGGUAGCCAUUCAAAGAAAAUGGCCUGUAGCGGCAACCCCAAAAGUGUAAAAUGCCAAAAGCAAUGUACAAAGACUCUGGAUUGCGGCCACCCAUGCCCUGGGCUUUGCAAUCAAGACUGUGGAAGCCUGCAAUGUAUGAGAAAAGUCGAAAAACGAUUCCCUUGCAAUCACAAAGAAACAAUUAACUGCCAUGAGAGUAAAACAGCUACCUGCACAGCACCCUGUCCGCGUCGAAAGAGUCCAUGCAAUCAUAUUUGUCAAGGCGUUUGUGGUCAAGACUGCUCCACGUUUCCGUGCGAGGUGGCUGUGGUGAAAGCUCUAUCAUGUGGACAUAGAGUAAAGAUGUCCUGUAGUCAGUCUACAGCUGAUCUAGAUUGCCCUGCUCCUUGUAAAGAAGAUUUACCCUGUGGUCACCAGUGUACAGGGACAUGUAGCGAGUGUCUCCAAAGGAGUUCGCAUGAAAUGUGCCUGCAUCCAUGUGGUCGAUUACUUGUCUGUUCACAUCGAUGUAAAGCAAAAUGCGGUGUGCCGUGUCCCCCCUGUGAUAGAAAAUGUGGUCGACGAUGCCCUCAUACUACUUGUAAAAGCCGCUGUUCGCAGCUGUGUAUGCCCUGCAAUAAACCGUGUACCUGGAUGUGUCCUCAUCACCAGUGCAACAGUCUUUGUUGGGAAGAAUGCGAGCGGCCUCGCUGUGAUGCUCCUUGCCCAAAAAAACUCUCCUGCAGCCAUCCAUGUAUUGGUUUGUGUGGAGAAAACUGUCCCACAGUCUGUCCUAUUUGUCACCCCAAAAAGCUCACUGCUUUGUUAGCUGGUGGAAGCAGUAAUAAAACGGAAUCCGCAAGAUAUCUGCAGCUGUGGGACUGUAAUCACAUUGUGGAGGUUAAAGAGAUGGACGCUUGGAUACAAAAUCACCUUGGUAAUGACAUUCAAGUCAUAAGAUGCCCGAAAUGUACAGUGGUAAUAACAUUCAGCUACCGUUACGGGAGAAUUAUCAAAAAAACACUUGCAGAUGUUGAAAGUGUAAAGAGACAAAUAGGAGUGGUCGAAGCUGAAGUAGACGAGUCAACUAGACAACUAAAGAAAGAUAUUACACAGGUUAUUCCAUGGAAAUGGAAUCCUUCAACUUUGCGAGGAAAACCUGAGUGCCUUGUUUCGUUAAAGUUUAUAUUUAGAAACCAUUUGAUGAUACUCGAGCAAGUGCAGCAUACACAGAGGGUAUUGAAAGUUCGAAGGCGUAAGGAAAGAAUGCAAGGGCAAGAAGAAAAGAAAGAGGAAAAAGGUGACCUGCCAAAAAGUAUCGAAGACGCCUUGGGAGAGAUCAAAGAAUAUCUCGAGAAACCGCAAUUGGACUUGAAAACCCUAAGUCAAGUUCAUCUACAAACAAGAAAGUUCUUCCUCUUCUCUCAUGUUUUAGAGGCUCAAAGUGAGGCUAAGCUGAGUCAAAUUCCUUUGUCCGAUAUGGGUAGGACUCGGCUGAAGUUUACUUGUGAUAGGUUUGCAUUGUUCCUCCAGGGUGAAGACCACGCUUUAGAUACUGAAUGGCUUGAGAAGAUCGUCAACGCGCUGAGAACAGAGUUGAAUCUUCCUUCACUAAAGAUCGAGGAACCACCAGACUUCGCAAAUUUUCCGGGAUAUCAAAGAGACGUUUGGAAUAUGUGUACCCAGGGUCACGUGUACUACAAGACAUGGAUUGUGCGCGGUGGCCAAGACAUUUUGGUGGGAGGGAAAGGAUGCACUAAGUGUGGGGAAGUUCACCAUGAAGACAGUUAAAAUCCGAAAAAACAAAGUUCAGCAAAACUGAAAUCAGGCUUGCCACAUCGUGCAAUGGUGAGUGACCAACCUAGCCCUGAACGAACCGAACAAAGAAAGGACGAAAAGAGUGACAGCUCGUCGACGCAAGGUCGAGAUGGAAAUGUAAGUGGUCUUCCGCUUCAACCCAUUCCUUCAGCUCACCGCAGAAUAACUGAGAAAAGCAAAGGCGAGACCUUCUCUGGUCAAAUAUGAAAGUUCAGCAUUAAAAAUGGUUUUUCGAACCAGGUGCGAUGGCACCACCGAGGCACUGACUAAUACGUAGACAAUUAUUUGCUGUUUCCAGGGUAAUAUCGGCCUAAUGCAAUAUGUCGUAAUAUUGGAUUGGAUGAUGAUUGUGUAGAUCGCAGAAAAUAACAAAAGGAUACCUUUUAACUGAGCUUUUGAACUGUGAAGCAUUACAACUAUAUUUUAAUCAGAAUUUAUUCUCGUACGAUGGGCUACGUCUACGUUUACGAACACCGAGAUCGCAGAAAAUAACAAAAGCAAAACUUUUAACUGAGCUUUUGAACUAUGAAGCAUUAAAACUGUAUUUCAAUCAGAAUUCAGUCUAGUACGAUGGGUUAUGUCUACAUUUACGAACACCGAGGCAUUCAGUAUGGCACUUACCGGCUUAUCUCUCAUGAAAAACUGUAACAGUGUUACAUGAGAGGUUCUUUAACGUAAUAGAGUCUUCACUUAAGAGAAUGGGGAGCAAACCUAGUAUAGUUUAAAGAGAACAAUGGUACUUCUAUUCAUGCUACUGAGAUCAGUAGACACCCUGGCUGUAGUCACCUUGGACCAAAUUCAAGAUCAUCAUCUGCAGAGUAAUUCUUUCAAAACUUGUUCUACCAAAGUAAGUUUUUACAAUUGGAACUCGCAGUAUUAUAAAGGUUGGUCAAUUACAUGUCACAAGUAUUCCAUCACCAUAAAUUGCAUUUACAGUAAUGGGCAGGGGCGUAACCAGUCAACAGGCUCGUAGGCCCCGGCUUACAGUUUUCCUUCCCUCCCCCUUGACUUUUAUAAUACGACUCUUGCAAAGUUUUUAACAAAAGUUUGACUUCUUUAGACAUACUUUCGAGUUCUUAAAUGACAAAGAAGCAGCAAGAAUAAAUUGCGUUAUGUGUUAAAGAAGUAGGUUUGUACGCUCUCAGAUCACUGAAAAAUACAAGUAAAAAGUGCUGGAUACGCCCCUGAUAGAGUACGUCAAAUAGACCGUGUCAGUGUAGGUUUUUCUUAAUUUAUCAAGUUUCGACGGUUAAUAUAAGUGGAAUCUGAUGACAAAGAGAAAUUUUGUUGUUGUGGCAGAAAAUCUUAUUCACAUCUUUUUGCCAAACUGUCGAGAACUUUCGAAUGACAACUAAGACACGUGAUAUGUAGAGGUUGUCAUUUAUUUUCAGUAAAGCGUUCUCCGGUGUAAGGGUCA